UGUGAACUAACUGGAAAAAGAAAAAAUUAGUAGCUAAUAAAGGAGUAGUCCACUCGCUUAUCAAGAGGAAGAUUACAAGAAAGAGGUCUAUUUCUUCAUCCACGAGACAGCGAGAGAGAGACAGAAUUCCCCGGAAACCGCCGCCCAGGGCAGCAGCCUCUUCCUGCUGCUUUGUCUCUUCCAAACAAAGGUUAAAUCUUUUUCUCCGCGAAUCAUUCUGUAAGGUAUAGAAGAUCCAAAAGAUGAUACAGGGAGGAGGGAGAGAGAAAGGGGAAUAAAUCGUUUGCGGGGGCGAGAUUCGUGUGUGGGGAGAUGUGGAGUUAGGUGCUUGGACCAGUCAUAAAUUCUGCCCUCGUUCUUCUCCUUCUUCUUCUUCCAGAUCUGUUCCCGUGCUUCGACUUUGGGCGCCGGACGCCAGGAGGAAGAGGACACUCUUCUCUCGCUCUUCGAGCUUAUCUUUCUCCUGAUUCUGAAAAUUUCCCCGGAGGAAGUUUGUCGUUCCUUUCUGAGAAGUUUGUUUUGCCGCUGAUUUCCUUCCUCUGUGUGAGUCCACACCGCUCGAACCAGAAAUCGAGACCUUUUCCCCCCUCCUUGCUUGAAUCUCACAGCUCGCAGCCUUUUCCCGUCUCGAGUUUUCAUCGGCUCAGGGUCGGCUGUUGCUGCUCGUCUUUGCCGAUUUGUCCUCAGGCAAAGCUACUACUCCAGUACUAUUGUUUUUCUCGGCCAGUUUCUUUUUGUCUGUCUCUCCUUCCGAUGGGCAACGCGUUCGCGUGCAUGUCGCGCAAGGAGCGGCGGGGCGCGGCGGCGUCCGGCGUGUCGCGCAGCAAGCGGAUGGGGAGCGCGCGGUCGGGGCGCGGCGGGGCGGCGGCGGCGGCGAAGCUGACGCCGGCGGAGGAGGAGCUCCUGCACCGCCAGGCGCUCGCCAUGGCCAUCCACCAGCACCUCGACGCAGGCGGCUCCAUGUCGCGCCGCAUCGACGGCGGUGGCGGUGGGGGCUCCAUGUCCCGCCGCAUCGGACCCGGCGGCUCCGCCAGCUCCCGCCGCCACGGCAACCUCCCGGACUCCGUCGCCAACGCCAAGGCUGUCCAAAUUGUCUUAGAGAACUUAGAAACCAAGAAAAUCGUUCUUGUCCACGGGGAAGGAUUUGGCGCCUGGUGUUGGUACAAGACCAUCUCUCUCUUGGAGGAAGCUGGUCUUGAUCCUGUUGCCUUAGACCUCACUGGUUCUGGCAUAGACCACACUGAUGCUAACAGCAUAGCUACAUUGGAAGAUUACUCAAAGCCACUAAUGGAUUACCUCAAUAAACUCCCUGAGAAUGAGAAGGUAGUUUUGGUCGCCCAUAGUUGUGGAGGUGCGAGUGUGUCAUACGCCUUAGAACACUGCCCGAAAAAGAUCUCGAAAGCUGUAUUUCUUACUGCCACAAUGGUUAAGGAUAGCCAGAGGCCCUUCGACGUGUUCUCUGAGGAACUCGCAUCAGCAGAUGUUUUCUUGCAAGAAUCACAGUUUUUACUCUAUGGAAAUGGAAAGGACAAACCACCAACUGGACUCAGGUUCGACAAACAGCAGAUCAAGGGGCUAUAUUUCAACCAGAGUCCUUCCAAGGAUAUCGCGCUGGCCACGGUGUCCAUGAGGCCCAUCCCGCUAGCUCCAAUCAUGGAGAAGCUCUCCCUGACCCCGGAGAACUACGGCACAGUGCGCCGCUACUUCAUCCAGACGCUCGACGACCGCAUGCUGUCACCCGACGCUCAGGAGAAGCUGGUCCGGGACAACCCGCCUGACGGCAUCUUCAAGAUAAAAGGCGGUGAUCACUGCCCCUUCUUCUCCAAGCCGCAGUCCCUCCACAAGAUCCUGCUUGAGAUCGCGCAGAUCCAGGCCCCUGCCGCACUGUUCCCGCCGGGCACCAAAGCAGAGACGGCCGGAGAGGAGAGCGCCAACAAAUCAUGACUCUUCGGAGUAAUGCUUGUGCAUAUACAUGAAAAAAAAUUGAGUAGCACAUAGGUUUGCUAAAAGGCGAUAACAGGAUGAAAUGAAAUCGGGACCGGUCAGUCAGUCAGUGAGUCAGAUAUGAGAAUAAUGUACUGUAGUUGUUAGCUGAAGAAGUUUCUCUGUUUCUUUUGUGAUGAUGAUCAAAGUAUAGUGGAUGGGCCUGUGAGAGAUGUGGUUUUACUUUAUUACCCCUGUGAAUUGAAUGAUCAGAAGAAGUUCAGAACAU